CUCUCGUUUCGUUUUCGAUCUGUCAUCUGUAACUGCGGUUGUGUCUGCUGUGAUGUUUCUAAGAGGCAACUAAAUAAAUGUACAUAAUUUCUGGGUGUACCCUAGGAUUUGUUUGUAAUAACAAUUAGAAUGUAGUAUAGAAUGUCGGAAGGAGCGAAUGCAUCUGUUGAACAGUCAGAAGAAACAAAACAGAAUGCUACUUCACCCUCUGGAAAAGCUCCAUCUCCUCCUCGUGAUUUGUCUUUGAAUUUAGAUUUAUAUAAUUAUGAUACUCCUGAUGCACAAGCUUGUCCUUAUGUGUUAACUAGCCCACGAUCGCUUGAAGCAUGCUCUCGCGUUGGUGUGAAGCCUGUUGAUCUUCUCCAGAAGACUUUAGAAGAAUUUUCCGAUGAGAUUGAAUCUGAUAAACCUUUGGAGGAAGUUGUAAAAUUAUAUGAUGAAUAUGAACAACAGAGAAUAAUAUUGCUUCAGAAGUGCCAAGCAGAACGAGAGUUCUUAAUUUGGAGAUCAACUUCUAAGAGACGUUCUCACUCUUUGUCUCCUUGCAGCAAAAGCAAGCUUCACAAGCAGCAAAAAUCAAAAGAUUUAUUAGGUUCCAAGAGUACAUCUCAAUCAUUUCGCAUUCCAACUAGAAGAAAGUCGCAUGAUGACAUUUUAUCUGCAUCUGAUUCUCAAGGAACUCAUCAUAGUAGCCGACUUCAUCGUUCAAGAAGCUCCUCUGUGAAAAAUCUUCAUCGUGGAGGGCGCCCAACAAGUUGGUCUACACCUGCAUCACCUUAUUAUCAAGGAUCACGUAAUCUUUUUGUUCGCAUUACUUCACCUGUUGUGUGUGCCAAACUCCAGACUUUUCCAAAAGCUAAAAUGAGAUUACCACCAAAGGAUAUGAAAAUUCUUGAGGUGAUUCUGCAGAAAUAUGAAAAGAUGGAAGAAGAGGAAGAAAGGAAAGCACGAGCUCAAAGAAGAUGGGACAAGGAGCGAGAGCAACGUGAAAAGAAGAAAGAAGAGGCUGAAAUGGAAAGAUGGAAAAAUUUUGCCUUAAAACAAAAAAGAAGCAGCUCAGAAGAACAUCUUAAGACAAUUUCUGAUAAGGGUACGCCAACUCAUGUUUGCUCCCGAUAUGCAGCUUCUGACAAAGACAAUAGUGAGAGAUCAUCUGUUUUUCAAAAAAGACAUAGUUUUAAGCAAGUAGCCAAAAAUCAAACUAAAUCAUUUGAUGAACCAAAGAAUCCUAAACCAAAUUAUUCAUCAGAAAGGCUGUCUCGUUAUGAGGCAGAGCAGAAGCUAAAAGCUAUUCAAAUAAAGCAAGAACAAGUUCAGAAGAGGAGAAUGGAAAUUAUUCAUAAGAGGGAUGAAGUGCUGAAGCGAAGUGCGGAAGAAUUUAAAGAGAAACUGAAGCAAGUAAAGAUGAAUCAGCAUGAAUUAGAUAAGGCUAUGGAACAAUGGCAACAGCAGGUUGUGUGCUAUCAACAAGUUGCUAAUUUGAGAGCUGCUGAAAAAGUUGCUGAAAUGUGUGAACAAAGACGUUUGAAAGUUAUGCAAGAACGAUUAGCUAAAGAAGAGGAUCAUAAGAAAAAUAUGCAAAAAAUUGAAGCUGAAGACUAUGCUAAAUUGCAAGAAAUGAUGGCCAAACUUCGUUCAAAAGAUGAGAGAGUCAAGGCUUUUAAGGAAGAAAAAAAUUCUACUAUAGAGCAGUCACGGCAAUUGGCAUUGGCAGCAUCAGAUUUACGUGACCUUAUACGUCAAAGACUUGACAAAGAUUCAUUUGUACGACGUAGUCAACAAGCUGCAUUAGAAUCAAGAUUAUUAAGUAUAGAACCUCGCAUAUCUCGAUCUCAGAAAAAGGAUCCUCCUGUUAAAGAUUAGGAUUUGUUUUCUGUAUACAAAUUUUAACUUAUAUUUUGUGAUAUUUAUAUAUUAUGUAUGUUGUGCUGUUUUUAUUUUUUAUUUUUUACAGAUUUACUUUUAUUGUUAUUAUCUUUUUGUUAAGAAGUUUAAGAAAAAUGGUUAGAAAAGAAAAAAAUCUGCAUUUAAAUUAUAUAUAUUUGUUAUUUAGACUGCUUAAUGUUAUUGUAUUUGUUAUUUUUGUAUGUUCCUUUUUAACAUUUUAUGUUUAUUGAAAGUUUUAUGCCUUGCUUUUUCACAAAAUAUUUAAUUUUAGAAAUCUAAACCAAAGUAAAAUUUUUCUAUUUUAAGAAAAGAGCAAAUAUACUCUGAACGACUUUCCUGCAAAGGUAAUUAGUAAUCAUAAUUUUUUUAAUGUAAUUCAGAGCAAAAUAACUUGUCUCAUUACUGUUUUUUCUGUAUAGUAUUAUUUUAAAGUCUAUGUCAUAUUCUACAGAUGAAUAGCUAUUAAUUAGAUUUUGUAAUUUUACAGGGACUAUAGUAAAUUUCCUAUUUGCCUUUCUACUAAUGUAUGAAUUUAGACUUACUAAAAAAACAUGCAUCGUACAAUGAAUAGUAAAAGCAAAGUAAAUUUUUUAGUAAUUUUGUUCAAAAUUUAUGCUCAUGUAAUUUAGAAAAAAAAAUCCUUUAUCAGAAUUUUAGAGACAAGAGAACUUUUUAAGUCUGCAUAAGCAGUGUUAACUGUAAAAUCAUUUAACUUUUCUAAAAAAUAUCAAAAGCUAUUUUCAGUUAGCAUUUCUUGGUGUAAGGUUAUUUAAUUUUGUAAAAGUAUUUUAAAUUAUUUUGUUUAUUUGUAAUUAAAAGUAUUUAUUAUACAGUCUGUUAAUUGAAUAGCAUGAUAAAUUUCAAAUUUGAUCAGAGGCGACUUUGAAUUGUAAGUACUAUUUUUCACAUCGUAGUUGUUUAGGAAAUAAAAACAUUCUCAAAAUUCUAUUACAAUCAAAUGUUAAAACAUUUUUGAUUAAUAUUUGUAAGUACCUAGAUAUGGCAUCUUUUUAAUUCAAAUCUAUUCAAUUGAUUUAAAGAAUUAUGAAAAAUUCAAAAUUGUAAUAAAUUGUUAAUAAUUAACACAGAGGAAAAUAAUAUGGAUUGAAUUCAAAGAAAUUCGUAUUCAAGAUACCUAUAGCCAAUUUUAAAUAUCUAUAAAUUAAGUAUUUUUGAGGUCAGACACUGAUAAGAUAACUGGUGAAUUAUCCUUAUACAAAUAAUUUCCAGUUAGUAGUAAUGCACAAAACUUCCUUUUAAAAAAUUCCAUUUGUAAAGAUCUUGAUACAUUUAUUUUAUAUUUCCAGUAUGAUGAACUUUAAUUCUGUAUUAUACAACAAGAAAUGUUUAAAAAUCAAAGUUUCAUUGGAUGACAGUAUUGCAUCUAUAAUCUAUUUGAUUCCAUCUUAUUGGGAGCUUUAAUGUUUUAUUUUUUAUUUUUUACAGAUCACUGGUUACAUUUUCACUUGUUUAUAAUAUUAGUUUUGAUUGAUUGUUGUUGAUAUGAAUAUUUUUUUAUAAAGAAGUGAAUAAUCAACAUUGUAUUUUCUUAUAUUUUUAGUACAAAAUAUCAUAUUUUAAUUAGAAAUUGAAUGAAAUUUUAGGAUUAGCUGAAUGGAGAUUUUUAAAAUAUAUUCAA